AUGAAUUGCACGCGCUCUUUCUCACAGUGUCUGAAGCGCACUACACAACGAACCCCGAUCACUUCGUCAAUACGCGCCAGAACUACACAACCCAUACUCCUCGCCCACAGAGCUUCCCUUCGAUGCAUACACAGCUCCCGCGUUCAGUUUCUCGAAUCCCGACCCCCUAAAUCUCGCGACCGCGGCCCCAAGAGCGACGAAGACACGCAGACCGACUUCAGCGCUCUCGAUGUCCUGCGCAACACGGCGGUGCCCGCGACCUCAAUCGAUGCAUGUACAAACGAUGGCUUUGCACUUAACAACCAAUUGCGAAUAACUGGGAGCGGGGUAUUGCUUGUGGGCGGAGAAGCUUUUCGAUGGCGACCCUGGCUACGAGAAGGGGUCCAGGGAGAGGAUCAUAACGGCGCGAUGACAGGGCAACUAUUGAAUGCAAAGAAGCAGUGGGAGGUGCAAGAUAGUGCCUGGGGGGUCUUGGAGUUGGCAUGGCCAAAGCCUGACCUUCUCAUCAUCGGGACUGGCCCUCAGGUCACACCCAUCGCACCUGCGGUUCGCCAGUACCUCAACGACCUCGGUAUUCGGCUCGAGAUUCAGGACACUCGAAACGCUUCCGCGCAGUUCAACCUCCUCGCUACCGAACGCGGCGUGGGAGACGUGGCGGCAGCACUCAUACCUAUUGGCUGGAAGGAAAUACGGCAAUAA